CGUAGGAGACGUGAACGACUCUCUUCAUCUGCUGAAGUACAGGAAUGGAAUCUACCAUCAGUCUCCUGUCUGAGAAGCACUUCCUGUGCUCUCUGUGUGAGGAGAUCUUCAGCAACCCAGUGACAACGCCCUGCGGACACAGCUUUUGUAAAGCAUGUCUCCGUGUUUACUGGAGCCGCAGCGGGUCAGACGAGUGUCCGCUCUGUAGGAGGGCCUUUGGCUCCAGACCCCAUAUCAGCGUGAACCGCAUACUGGCGGACGUCACUGAAAACUACAGGAAGACACGUUUGGCUGCUAAAUCCAAGUUCUUCAGUAUGGAUGAACUUCAGGAUGAACCUAAGAAUGCAGGAGAGGUGCAGCAAAUGAUUCAGGAAAGAGUUCAGAAGAUUGAGAAACUUCAGAAUUCCUUAAAGCUCCUAAAGAGCACAUGUCUACGGGAGGUUCAGGCAAGUCAAAGGGUGUUUUCUUCUAUGUUGAGCACCUUAGAGAAGAGCCAUAAACUGGUAGUGGCUGCUGUUGAGCAGAAACAAAAAGAGGCAGAGAAAAGAGUUGAAAGACUUGUAAAAGACCUGGAGAAAGAAAUGCUUGAACUGGAAAAUGGACACACCAUCCCUGAGCACUUGGAUGACAAGGAGCGUCUUAAAAAGAGCUUCAGUGAUAUACCACGAGCGAUGAGAGACUGGUCUAAAGUCACACUGGAGACUGAUCCUUGUGUUGGCUUCACCAGGCAGGCUGUGGUGGACUUCAUGGAUACAGUCACGAUGGAAGCUAAAAGACUUUCUAAAGCUGAACUGAAGAGACUGCAGAAGUACUCAGUUGAUGUAAAUCUGAAUCCUCGGACAGCUCACGCUUACCUCUACAUCUCUGAGGACAGGAAGGAGGUUAGACAUGCGAAUAAGCGACAAGAAGUCCCAGAAAACCCCAAAAGGUUUGACCGGGUGGCUAACGUAAUGUCCAAGGAAGCCUUCAGCCAUGGAAAGCACCUUUGGGAAGUGGAGGUUGGAGACAAGACUGACUGGGAUCUUGGAGUAGCCAAACAAUCUGUCAACAGAAAGGGAAAAUUUACCAUUUGUCCAGCCAACGGCUUCUGGAUGCUUAGCUUAAAGAAUGGCACCCAAUACAUUGCUAACACAUUCCCUCCAACUUUCUUCAGCCUCAGUCACGAACCUAAAAGAGUGUCUGUUUACCUGGACUUUGAGGAGGGACGUGUGUCUUUCUAUUGUUUGGAUACCGGAACUCAUAUCUACACUUUCAAAGAUACGUUCACAGAUAAGCUCCACCCCAUCUUCAGCCCGGGACGACCCCACGGGGAAAAGAACACUGCUCCCCUUAUCAUCAGCAGCAGCUGCUGCAGCAUCUGAAACACUAUGCCAGCUCUUACUGCCCCUUCUCUUUCUUUACCAUUGUCAUCAUAGGAUGCAAUUAAUUAUUAUUAUUAUUAUUAUUAUUACAAUUAUUACUUUUUAUUUAUUACUGGAGCUUGCUAAAACCUUAUGUGUUAUUGUGUUAUUGCUACACUACAAACAUGAAUGAUACCUCAAACUGUCCGAUUUUUUUCAGGAGAGGUAGACUGUUUUUUAAGCGAUUAGACAUUGAGCUGAUAAAUAAUAAUAAUAAAUCCUGUCAA